AUGGCAGAAGGUCUCGCCAAAGGAUGCAUGCGCAUGUACGUUGAGCAAGAGCCUUUCUUACGGCUUGUUCGUUGUUUCUGUCGCAUUAUGAUACAAAAAGCAAAGGUGUGAACCUGAACACUCACUCCAUCACUUGCUGAUUAUUUUUCUUUUCCUUUGACUCUUCUACUUAAGUACUUCUUGAGUUACCUCCAUCUUGUUCUCAAACGACGUUCAGUGAAUUCUUUUCGGCGCACUAUUGAUUCAUAUUCAUUAUUUUUAGAAGAAAACUAUAGUUUUUUUUAGAGGGCAAGUUAGUAUCAAGAGGUCUUUAUGAUAUGAUCUUCUAACCUGUGGCCUCUCACCUGAAAAUGUCCAAUUCAACGAGCAGACUAAUACCAUAUCCUUCCCUGGAGUCUGGGGAGGCAGAAACGUGAACCUGCUGAGACCAGAAACCCUCGAGUCCUUGUAUUAUUUGGUUAUGAAGAACUACUAAUGUGUUGUUACAACUACAUAGGUGAUCCAGUAAGGAUCGCAACAUGAAGCGGACACAUGACAUGACAUGGCUGGUAUGCUAGCCAGUGUUAGGCUUCAUGGAAUGGCACACCUACAACUUAAAUCAAUGGACCUGAAGCUGACGAGCUAAAAAGACCAAAUACUACUGCACAUGGAGCACGUAAACUCUUCUAGAAGUAGACUGAGGUUUAAACAGCAAGACUAGUAUCUUGACUGCAGUAGGCUUAUAUCACAAAUUCUAGAUGAAUACACAUGGUGAAAGAGAAUACUAGUAUCAAAAGUGACGAAGUAGAGGGAGUACACAUCGAAUGUACUUAGAUGAGAUUUGAAAUUUUCAUUCCUCCGCACUAUGCAAAAUCACCGGCGGAGGCGGAGAAGUACAGGCGAUGGGGCAAAUUCAUCCUGACACGCCUCCGCAAGCACAGCAAGCAUGAUUUCGGGUUCUCUACGCUCAAUUUGGGUACUGGUCACGCCUCGGACAAACAGGAGAGCUUUUUCAUGCUAUGAUUUUUUGUGGGGUUAUGAAUACUAAAGGAAGUAUCAGCAUGCCUUGCUGUUGGCAGGCGCAGAAGAUGUUGAUAAGUUGUCUUCCACUUAUAAUACUAUGCACGUGCGUAAGAAAUGCAGGGCUUUUUUGGUGUCGUUUCUUAAGUUGACUAUGCAAUACUGUAGACUGACUCGUCUAAUAUUCGCGGAGACGCUGAAGUAUGGGUAUCUACUCUUCGCGCCGAAGAACACACUAGACCUCAACCGCUACGUUUUGACGACGGAGGCGCACCCCGUGUUGCGAUGGGACCGUAUGCAUCAAGACUUAGCGGAGAAAAAGAGUAAAUUGUGCUAAAAUAGUCCUGCCACAGGGUAGAAAAUACAAGGGAGCAUUAUCUUCGUAUAGAUACUAGACAAUAUAACGAUGAACUACACUCUGACACCUGAAAGUGAUGAACUACUACACUCUAACAAACAAGAACAAACACUGGAGACUAUAAAUUCAUCGGAGAUACAAAUGGAAAUGACUACAACUACCAGAGUCGGUAGAAGCGCAAUACAGAUACAGACAAUUUCGAACAACAAUGAUCCGCAACUUGUCGAAAAUCUAAUUUCUAGAAGACACAACGCUAGGGAACGUGCAGCUAAUAGAUACCUAUUCAAUUUAUUCAUUAUUCAGCAAUAAAUCAAGUGAACAAACAGUCCAAUGCAGCUAGUCUCAAAUUUAAGUGAUGCAAAUGUACCAAAAGGAAUAGAACGAAGUAAGAUUUAUUUGACUGACAAACUUAUCAGAGUUGUGAAGUUGUGGAACUAUAGUUUCCAAGACGAGGUAGGCAAGACAAAGAGCGCUCUAUCACGAUUGGUAAUGUCUAUGUCUAUGUUUUAAGUUGUACUUCGAUAGGUUCUUUGUUCAAAGCGGAGUAGUGUCUCACGGAACAAUCUGUCUGCGAUGUAUAGGAAAUUUUCGAAGAAUCCUAUAACUUCAACUUCUGGUAGCAGCGUGAAAGAAAUUAAGAAAACAUCUGGGCGAGGUCACGAUUGUGUGCAUGCUUUUUUUGGCUAUUUAUUGAGGCUUCAAUAGAAGUACUGAAGGAACUGGCAUGUUUAAGUGAUUAAAAGGAAGGCGGCAUAUAGUCCUAACUCAAAAAAAAAAGCUGGACCGAGGACCAGGGUGAGAUACAGGGCGAUCCCAUCCCAAAAAAAAAGAGAAGGAGCUGGUGCGUGGUCGAGCUCUAAUGUACAACAGUUGACUAGUGGUUUGAGAAAUGAAGAUGUAUAUGAACAAAGUAGAGCAUCGGGGGCAUCGUUGAUUACAAGCUACCUCAAAGGUGGCUUGCAUCUACUGCUUGACAAAAGUUCUCCUGCCUGCAUAGUCUUCAAAGCGCAAUGACAGAGUCACCCCAUCGCUUCCUGAACUGCUAUUGUUAAUCUGCUGGAAGUUUGUGGAC